UUCCCAUCGGCACCUCCCCAGAGCCCCGGGAGAAGCCGGUGUCCCUCCCGGCUUCCUGCGACUCGGUCUGGGUAUUCCCUGCCUGCUUUCCCGGGCGCUGCCUUCUUCCCUGCCUGGGCACUGCCUGCAUCCCUCCCCGGGCAUCCCCUGCGUCCCCGCCUGGGCACAACCUCCUUCCCUCCCCGGGCACUGCCUGCAUCACUCCCGGGCAUCUCCGCCUGCAUCCCUGCCUCAACACUGCCUGCCUGCCUCUCCACCCGGGCAUUCCCUGCAUCCCCCCCCCACCCCGGGCACUGCCUCCAUUCCCGUUCCCCCCCUCCCCGGGCUCUGCCUACCUCCCCCUGCCUCUCCCCGCUCCUCCAGCCCCCCCUCCCCGUGCCCCGGCCGGGCUUUGCGACCCAGCGACGGCCGCGUUCCCCGCCCGGUGCCCCCCUCGGUAACACCGAGCCGGGCGGGGGCCGGGCCGGGCCGGACCGGGGCUCUGCAGCGGGGCCGCCCGCCCCGCACCGGGCUCGCCGCAUGGCUCCGCCGCCCGCCGGGGCACCGCCGGCCCGGGCCGCCGCUGCAAGUGACGGGCUGUCCCGGAGGGGAAAUGCAUCCUGAAUGGGGCUGAGGCCCCCUGCGCGGGAAUAUGCAGCCUCGGCACCGCAGGGGCAGCACCAGGGCAGCGGCCGGCGCGCGGCGGCAUGGUGGCAACGUUCAAGAUCGCCGUGCUGGGAGCCCAGGGCGUGGGCAAGAGUGCCAUAGUCCGGCAGUUCCUCUACAACGAGUUCAGCGAGGUCUGCGUGCCCACCACGGCCCGCCGCGUCUACCUGCCCGCCGUCGUCAUGAACGGCCACGUCCACGACCUGCAGAUCAUGGACUUCCCCCCCAUCACCGCCUUCCCCGUCAACACCCUGCAGGAGUGGGCGGACGUGUGUUGCAGGGGGCUCCGGAGCGUCCAUGCCUACAUCCUGGUCUAUGACAUCUGUUGCUUUGACAGCUUCGAGUACAUCAAAACCAUCCGCCAGCAGAUCCUGGAAACGAGGGUCAUCGGCACUUCGGAGACGCCCAUCAUCAUCGUGGGCAACAAGCGGGACCUGCAGCGGGGCCGGGUGAUCCCGCGCUGGAACGUCUCCAACCUGGUGAAGAAGACGUGGAAGUGCGGCUACAUCGAGUGCUCGGCCAAGUACAACUGGCACAUCCUGCUGCUCUUCAGCGAGCUCCUGAAGAGCGUGGGCUGCGCCCGCUGCAAGCACGUCCACACCACCAUCCGCUUCCAGGGUGCCCUGCGCAGGAACCGAUGCACCAUCAUGUGAGCCCCCCCCCCGCCCCGACGGACCCCCCUCGCCCCGGGCCGUUCUCUGGGGGGGUGAUGCCGCGGUGGGAGCUGUGCCGGAGGCACCUCGAGGUUUGCUUCCCCACCGGCGCUGGCACCCCACGGUGACAUUUGGGGGACGGUGCGCCUUGGGCGGUGCUGGGCAGGGUGAUGCCGUGGCCAGUGGUGGGUCGGAGCGGAUGGGCAGCAUGGUUCCUGGAGGUAGCAAGGGGUGAGGGAGGACUUCGGCUAAACCCCCGAGCCCUCCCUGAGCCUCCAGCGCUCGGGGUCAAAACCGUCCUGGGGGUUUAGUGUCUCUGCCGUGGCUGAAACGCUGCCGUGGCGCCGGGGAGGAGCGGAGGAGAUGUCUCAGCUGGUGCCCGGAGGUUGGCUGUCGGGUCCGUCCCUGCCGGCUCCUGCCCCGGCAUCGCAGGGGCAACGCUUGCCGCUGCCUGCCAUCACCUGCCCCCCUGGAAGGAAAUUGCCCAGCGCCUGUGUCCCGAUGAGCCGGGGGUGGCUCCAUCCCUGGGGCAUGGUGGAGAUGGAAGUCUCAUUUUCCUCCCUGCGGAGCUGAGGUUUCUCCCCUUGGAGGGCAGAGCAGCCUCCGGCAAGAGGCCAGGUUACACGGGCUCUUUUUUGGCUCUGUUGGGUCAGAUUUCCAGGUGGAAUUUCUGGAUGAAAGCAAGAAAGGGGAAAAAAAAAAAAAAAAAAAUAAAGCCCCCAUUCUGCCCCUUACAUCCCCUGGGGUGCAGGGUGCUGCUUUCCCAGGGCUUUGAGUCCCCCUUCUGCCCCGGUUCAGCCAAGGAAGGCUUCUCCUCCCCCACCAGCCUGUCGAACACCAAAUAAUCUCAAAACACUCCUUGCCAGGCAGGUCACCCCUCCGCUACCUCGCAUCCCGGGCUCAGCGGGCGACCGGCUUUGCACGGCUCUGACCCAAACCCCCGGCGUCUCCCGGGCGGGCGGGCAGCCCCCCCCCCGAUGCCAUCGCACCCCGCCAGCGGUGCCAUGAGACGGGUCCAACCCGCGCCGGGCUUUCCCACAGCGACGCUUGCCUCCGUCCACAUGAGAUGGCGGCGGUGCGAAGGCAGCCUCCAAAGCAAUAGGGAGCUGGAGUUGCAUUUCCACUUGCAUUCCUUUUUUUUUUAAUCUCUGCAUAGCCCUAAUAAGAAAGUGAGCCCCCCCAUAUUUUUUUUUUAAAUUAUUAUUAUUUUUUAAUCUUUCAGCUUGUUUUUCCACCAGACUUGCAGCUCACCUGCGUCUUGUCCUGCAGGGUGGGUGGCAAAGUGCAGUCCCUGUUAGGAAAUGGUGUUGGGGCGGUGUGCCGGCGAGGGGUGAGCAAGAGGCUGAGGGGGUUGUGGUUCCUCCUUCUUGGCUGCUCCCUGUGGGACACGGGGAAACGCCGUCCGAGGCAGGAUCUGAGGCCGGUCCAUCCUCCGGCAAAACCAUCUCGGUGAUUUCUGGUGUAACAAGGCAACGCAGGUAUUCAGCAUCGCUCUGGGCAGUAAAGCAAAAGGACGCCAGCCCCAUCUCUUUCCCCGCGGCCAGGUUUCCAUCUCACAGAAGCGCCGCUGUGCUCUCGGUAACACUUUCUAUUAAGAGUAGGUCCAGCUGAGCUCCGGCACGGUGCGUUUCACCGCCCCAUCCCUGCCGCCGGGGCCGUGCGCUGCCCUGCAGCCCCAAUGCCGCAGGGUUGGGGGUCGCCCUGCUCCUCCCUUCCCAACCCCAGCAGCCGCUUUGAGAACCAAACCCCAUUCCCCUUGCUCCAAAAAAAAAAGGAAAAAAAAGAGAAAAAGUGAUGGGGGGACAUGGGUCCGUCUCAGGUGGCUGCGAGGGCCCGGGCCGGGGAAGGGCAGUGGCACCCAUCAUCAUCCCUCGCCUUCACGGCAAACCUACGGGGCUUCGCCACCGGUCCCCCCGACCUCAUCUCGUCAGGAUUUAUGAACACGUGUAAGUCCACGUUAUUGGUCUCUGGCUAGCUUUAUCCCUCCAAAUUGUUUGAGAAGGAAACUCCUUGGUAAAUGCUAAUAAUAAAGCAUUUAUAAAGUGCUCCGACGUAUACAUAUCAACGACUAAGCCAAUACAUUGUUUGUUAUAACCCUGUAGCCUGCAGUUUAUAGCACAAUUAGUUACAGGUUUUUAUAGCAUCUAUUUAGUAUUUUGGAGAAAAAAAAAAAAGGUUAUAAAUAUAAUUGUUAUAUUCUAUUGUACUUUAUAGACAGAGAAAGUUAUAUUAGUAAUGAUAACUCUCACUGCUUUGACAGCAUUUCCCAGCUCCCGAGAAAAUGAGGGCUACAAAGAGCUACUUUCCCGAGAGCCCAGGAGGGGGUAGGUGGUGGUACCCACCGGGUGCAGGCAGGGAAACCGGGGCAGGGAGGUCCGGCGUGUGGCCAGGCUCGCGGGGAUCAGAGCAGCCAGGAGCACAGCAGCAGCUACAAGCGACCCGCGCCUUGCCCCUGCUCACACCCUUAGUACAAAGUGUUACCGCUCGCCCAACGCCACCCUGGUCCUGCUAAAAAUAACCUGCUCCUGAGCCUGGGAGAGGCUGAGGAUGUCCCCACCGCUGUCCCCAGGGCAGCGCUGGGUUCCUGUCCCCCCCCUCCCCGUGCGCAUGGUGCUGCAGGAGGCGAUGCCUGGGUUCAGUCCAGUCCUGGCAAGAAUGCUUCCCUCUCCUCCUCCUCCUCCUCCUCCUGCCCCGGCGAGUGUCCCGGUUGCCUGGACUUGGCUUUCCUUUCCUCCCCUGGACUUCUUGUCGGAGAUUCCCGAGGUGUCUACACCGCCUGUAACGCCCUGCACCCCCUUCUUUGAAAUCGAAUUAAAAAUCAGGUCUGCCCCCCCUUGUUCUGUA